CUCGAUCUCCCCGUCCCCAUUGGCUCCCCUUCCACGUUAUCCUCUCCCGGAGUUUCUCAUUGGUGCAGGUCACACCCUCUUAUUUGUCACCAGACACCGCCUUCAAUAUGGGCUCCUCCCACAGCCAUCUUUCAUUCAUUCUGCGUAUAGGCCUGGGUGCUUGGGUCAUGGAGGUGAAUCAGACCCGUCACUGCCCUCAGGAAGUUCAGGGGAUGUUAGGGGACAUGGACCUAGGUUCCGACAGUGACAGCCUAGGGUGGUAAAGAAGCCGCCUAGGCACUGGGAGCCUCUAAGACGCUGGGAAGGCUUCCCGGAGGAGGUGAGGCCUAAACCCAGCCCUGAAGAAUGGUUAGGAGUUUGCUGUAGGGAGACAUUGGGAGGGCAUUUUUGGAAGAAGGACCUGAGACAUGAAAGAAACAGACAUAUUCUGGUAAUUGCAAAGAGGUAGGUCAAAUGAAAGAAGGGGAGAUGAAGAGGAUUGAAAAAAACAGAGGCUUAGAGACCAGUAAGAAAUCCAGAGAAGUGUAUAGUUAGUUGAGGGGAGGGAAACCUGAAGCCUGAAAUCUUUUCAAGAAGCUUAUCAAUAGGCAGAGUGCAGGAAGGUGGGGAAGAGGGGGAGGGGAUCAGAUCUAGAUGGGGAAGAAAAGUGCAGGGAAGGAAUGAUUCCAUUUCUGACAAAGAAAAGGGCUCUUGGGUUCAUUCGUUUAUUGAGCAACUGCUCUGGGUCAGGUACUGUUCUGGAGACACAGCUGUGAACACCUAAAAGGGGAAAACAUAACUAAUCUUCACAUAUACUAUACUUCAGACAGUGAUAACUGCUUCAGAGGACAGUAGUGUGGGGAAAGGGAGGUUUCCUAUUUUAUAAAGGGUGUAUUAGGCAGGCUUUUCUAAUAACAUAUUUGUACAGAAAUCUGAGAAAAGUGAGAGAGUGACCCUUGCAGUUAUAUGGGGGGAAAACAUUCCAGACAGGGAACAUGUUCAGUUUGAAAUGCCUGUAUACAUUCAAGUAAAGAUGUUGAAUUGAGAACUGGCAAUGCUGAAGUUUUUGGAAGAAAUCUGGGCUCACAUAUUUAAAACCAUGAGGGUAGAUGAGAUCACCUAGGGAGUGUGCAUAAAUGGAGAAGAGGAGAGAAGUUUCCAGGUCCUGGGAAUUACAGUGUUAAAAGGUCAGGAAGAUAGGGAUGACCAGAAAGGAAUACCAAGAACAAACAGCCAGUGAGGUGGGAGAACUGAGUUGCGGUAUAUUUGGGAACCAAGUGGAGAAUGUGGUCAAACCAAAAUUAAGUGAUUAAUUUUGUCAGGUUCUACUAAUUAAGAUGAAGACCAUUGGUGACCUUGGUCAGAUCAGUUUUGAUGGAGACUGGGGGGGGGGCCUAAUUGGAGUGAAAUUUAAGCGAGAACAGCAAGGAAGAAAUUGGGAACCAAGUAUAGAUGACUCGAGGUGUUGUGCUGCCCCGAGGAACAGUGGAGCUGGAAGAGUGUAGAGUCAAGUGAGGGUUUUGUUUUUUAAGAUGAAAAAAUGACAGCAUGUGUUUAUCUCUUUUUUUUUUUGUAAUGGAGGUCUUGGGGAUUGAACCCAGGACCUUGUGCACACUAAGCAUGUGCUCUAUCACUUAGCUAUACCCAGCUACCACCACCCCCAGCUUGUGUUUAUUCUGAUGGGAAGAAUUCAGUAGAAAGGAAGAGAUUGAUGAUGUAGGAGAUGAAGGAGAGAGGAGAAAUGCUGGAAUUGCGUCCCUGAGCAUGCAGGAGAGCUUGGAGGCUGGAGACUUCAGUCAGUUUCUGGGGAGAGACUGGAUUGGACUGAGCCGUUCAGAUUCAGGGGUGAGUGUCCUGACAGUGGCCUUGGAUGACCACUAGGAAGAUGUCUCUGAUAGGGGACAGACCAAGGACUGCCUUGGAUUUGCUGAAUUUUCCCUCUGUACACCAAAAGCUGAUUCUAAUUUGGAUUUGAACAGACGGCCCAGAGAAGAGAGAGCAUUGCAUGUGGAGGGACUGACAUAAGCAAGGGGCAUGCAGGCAUUCAAACUGAGGCCCAAUGGGCUGAAGGAGAUGGGUGGAGCUAGGUGGGAGGGGCGGGGUGAGACUGAGAAAAUGCCAUAGGUAGAAAGCAGGUAGAAGGUAGUGAGAUCCCCUCAUCCAUCAUCCUAGCAGCUGAGGCUACAUUGUACCAGCUUCCAGUCAGGGUGGGUGCUGAGCACAGGGAUUAAAAUCAUGAGUAGGUGCUUACGCCUUGCUCACGGGAGCUCACAGGCUAAGGGGAUUUGAGUAACCACCAUCCUGGUAGAUGUAUAAGACUCUUCCUCCAGCUUUGCCCCAGUCCAGCUUGCUUGGAUGAGCCUGCUGGAGGGGUAGGCAGUGGGAUGGAGGUAAGAGGGCAGAUGAAGAAGACCUGGCAUCAGGUUCUGGGCCCAUCAAGUGCCGGGCAAAGACAGUGUGGCGCACAGGGCCUGCUGGUCCUCAUGCCACACUCACUCAUGUUGGCCUCCAUAUGCCUUUCUGUGUCCCCAGAAGUCAACAGUGUGGGGAGUUGGAGUGAUCCAGCUGGAUGUGACCCCCAGAACAGAAUGGUGCUGGACUCAGGGGCUCAGGUGUAUGAGCAGACUCCCCCCAGCCCGCCAGCCAGUCCCUCAUCCUUGGGCCGUAGGCUGAAGCCCUCAGACCAAAAUGGGACAGCACUGUACCCCUGGCCUCAGUCUCUGGCCUUGCCCCAGGCUGUGUCUGUCCCCUCAGCCCUCCGGCCCAGGCCUGAGCUGCAGCCCUUCUCAAAGCUGGACUUGGGCCACCAAGGCCACAUGCGUCGCAGUGAGAGCACCUACACCAUAAACAGUGCUGGUCGGCGGGGGAGCGGCACCCAGGGCCGGGCCCCACCUGGACGAGGCCGGAACCCAGGUGGGGGCACCCUGCGGUCUGCGGCCUCCCUGCCUCACAUUGCUAAGACUCGAAAGGAUGCAGGCCGUGGUGCCAGCAAGAGCCCCUGCAUGUUGGUGGCUCUGCGGCCAACCAACAUGGACUAUGAGCGGGACAAGUUCUUCCAGUCCCAGUACACCUACAAUCCACAGUUCGAGUACCAGGAGCCCAUGCCUACGGCUGUGCUGGAGAAGUACUGUGAGGCCUCUGGACAGUUCAUCCAUCAGGCAGUUGGCAUCAUUGAGGCUGUCCUGGAGAAGUUUGGCACCUAUGAACACUUUGAGGCUGCGACUGGGGGCCAGCUGCUGACCAAGUGCCAGAUCUGGUCCAUUGUGCGCAAAUACAUGCAGAAGGAGGGCUGUGUCGGGGAGGUUGUGGUGCAGCUGAGUGAGGACCUGUUGUCCCAGGCAGUGAUGAUGGUGGAGAACAGCCGACCAACAUUGGCCAUCAACCUGACUGGAGCCCGCCAGUAUUGGUUGGAGGGCAUGCUGCGGCAUGAGAUAGGUACCCACUACCUUCGGGGUGUGAACAACGCGCGGCAGCCAUGGCACAGCGCCGAGGGCCGGUUGCAGUACGGGCUGCGGCCAGCAAACCCCACCGAGGAGGGCCUGGCCAGCCUACACAGCGUGCUGUUCCGCAAGCAGCCCUUCCUGUGGCGCGCAGCGUUGCUCUACUACACCAUCCACCGCGCUGCGCACAUGUCCUUCCGUCAGCUCUUCCAGGACCUGGCACGCUACGUGCAGGACGCGGAUGUGCGCUGGGAGUACUGCGUGCGCGCCAAGCGUGGCCAGACAGACACUUCGCUGCCGGGCUGCUUCAGCAAGGACCAGGUGUACCUAGACGGCAUAGUGCGCAUUCUGCGGCAUCGCCAGACCAUCGAUUUCCCGCUACUGACCUCACUGGGCAAGGUGUCCUAUGAAGAUGUAGACCACCUUCGGCCCCAUGGGGUGCUGGACAAUACCCGGGUGCCCCACUUCAUGCAGGACUUGGCGCGCUACCGGCAGCAGCUGGAGCACAUCAUGGCCACCAACCGGCUGGAUGAGGCGGAGCUGGGCCGCCUGCUGCCUGACUGAUGCUGGUUGAGGGCUAUAAGUAGCAGACCUGGACAGAGAGGCCCUGGUCAGAGGGCUCCAGAUCAGCCCCCAGAACAUGAAGCUGGCUGCUCUGUGCUUCCAGAGCCUGGGUGUUUCUUGGGGAACAGGGAGGGCAGGAGCAUCUUAGGAGGGACAAAUGGCAACAUCAGAGAGUUUGUGUCUUUUGCUGGCCUCACUGGGGCCUGAGGGCCAACAGCAGCAUGUCAGGCAAACUAAGUCUGCCCCCCUACCUCCAGCUGUCUGUUGAGCAGAGAGAAAGCCUGGGGGCAGGAAGGAAGCUGAGCAUGGAUGGGGGUGGGGGUGAUUUGGGAGUAGAAACUUAUCCUUGCAUGAGAUGGCUUUGGGUGUCUGCAUACUCCAGUCAUUCCCCCCCCCCCACCCUGGCCCCUUGGUGCUCCUUCAGCUUUCAUGCUGUCUACCUCUCACUGGGUCCUGGUGGGGGUCUCCCUUCUCCUGGGGUGAUUGCCUGAGUGUGAAGUCUUGGCUUUCACACAGACUCAAGGGGCAGGUAUCCUGGCAGUAGAGACCCAGCUGGGCUGGGGUGUGCUUUCCAGCAUUUUGCCUCUCCCACUGUCAUGUAUUUAUUCCUUGUUUAUGUGCUUUAUUUCCUGGGGCCGGGAGGCAGCAGUUUCUGAAGGUUUGGUGGAGGGAACAGGGCUCCUCUGGAAGGCACCAACUGUUCCUAACUCCACUCUUAGCUCAUACACAUGUGCACAUGCUCACGCACACACCCACAGGCCUUGUGAGUCGAGCCGAGAGCCCACUUGGCCCUGCCCUCACCCCCUGAACUGGCCUCCGCUGUCCCUGUCUUUGCCUACACACUCAUAGAUGGUGUUUGGCAGAGGCUGGCAUAGUCUGGCAGCAGCCACAAUCAAGCCUGAGGGGCAGGCACCUAGUUGUUCCAAGCCCUGAGCCCUUCCUAGACCAGGAGUGGCAUUGAGAUGAUUGUUGCUUUCAGUUUCACCUCAGAAUCAGCUGUGUGAGGCUGACCCAGUCCCACUCCCACCCUUGGCCUUUAUUUUUCCCAUCUGAAAACUCGUGAAUGCAGCUGAAAAGUACUUAUUCAUUUAGUCAGCGAAUAUGUAUAAAGCACCUUCAAUGUGCCAGUUAACUGGCCAGAACACGUACUGAGCUCCCAGUCCUUAGAGAAGCCAAUUAAAACAACAAUUACAGUGAA